AUGGAAGACUACGAUUCACAGUCAACUGUUGAGGAUGUUUCAGAAUGGGCAGAGCACAUUGAAGAUGUGAUUGAAGAGUUACAGAGAAACUAUAGAAUAAUACAAACUGAAAUGAGUUGUCUGGUAGAAAAACUACAAGUAGUAAAUCGGCCUAGAAAUCAUAUUUCCAAAAGAGUAGUAUUAUCAAGAAGAAACCAUAACUUUAAGACGGGAAAUGAAAACUCAAAAAACUCAAGAAAUUGCUGCAACAACUGCCAUGGAAAUUCUGCAUGCAAAAAUAACAAGGGACAACUUCUGGAGAGUGUAGCUGAAAAUAUUCUUGGAAUUGCAAAUGAACAAUAUAUUAAUAAUAUGGUACAGAAAUCAGUGUCAACUCUGGAAAAAAUGUUAGUGGAUAAGCUAGACAAAAAUUGUGUUCAUCACCACCUAGAACUCCAGAGAAACAUUACAGAUCUAAAAGUUCAGCAAUCAAUAAUGGAAUCAACUGUAAAAGAUAUUGCAUUACAGAUUCAGGAGAUUGCACUGGAACUAAGAGAUAUGAAGAUUUCUAUUGAGAAUAAAGCGGCUGAAAAUAAUAUGUUAGCUUUAUCGCAAAAACACCAGAAAGAUGAUAAGAAUUUAGACUCGACUUUAAACUCAAAUUCGCUAUCAAGUUCUGAUUCAAGUUCUUGCUCUUGUUUAUGUUCCUCUACAGAAAAGUCUUUAAGUAAUGGGAAUUGUAGCUGUUAUGAACGUAAUAGAAACGAAAAGCUUGAAGUAAGCAAGAUGUUAAUAUAUGAAAUCCUCAGAGACGUUUUCGUCGAAGAUGAAGAUUUGGUUGGAAUGGGAAGUAAUUUGGAAGGAUUAGAGCUUGAGAACUUAUGUUUAAUUAGGCAGUUAUUCAAAGAUUUCGUUAGAAUUAUAACACAAGGUAGGAUUGAGGCUUUGGAAAAGGGUAUUGGGGAAAUCCGUAAUAAAAAUUUGAAAGAUGAAAAAAACACAGAAAAAAGAUUUGAUGAUAUUAAUAUUUUGAUUAAAGAUGAGCUUAAGAAUAGGUCAGCUGAAAAUGAUAUGAUAUCGAAACUUGAGCACAGAAUUCAAGGGGUUAAAAAUGAAGUAAAUAAUUUACAGGACAACUAUAUGAACUUUAAAACUGAAGAAUUAUUCAAUAGAGAACAAAUUGAAAAGCUAGAAAAAGAGUUAAAUAAUCGUUCAGAACUUAUUCAGUCCGCUAUUAAAGAAUUAAAUAAUGAAUGUUUUGCUCUUAGAAAAAAGCAAGAAGAAGAAAGUGGCUUCCUAUUUGGCGAAGAGCUGUCCAAGACCAUUACCGAUAAGAUUUCUAGUAUCAAAGAUUUGGUUAGUUACAUUAGUGAAGAUCUUUUUAAGAAUGAAGAGAAGCUACAAAGACAAAUCAAAAGGAAUUCCCAGACAAUUGAAGAGCUCAAAAACGGUUUUAUAGAAUUUGAAAACUAUUCGGAUGAGAACUUUAUAGAAAUUGUCAAUUCCUUGAAGAAUUUCAGAAUGCAGACAAUUACAAUACUAUCAUCAAUGUACAAAGUAAUAAAUGAGAACCUUUCUGAUGGUGUUAAUAUAUUAAGUUUCCAACAAAUACUCGAGGAGAAUUUCCAUGAAUCCAGUGGAGAAUUACAAGGAAUGGCUGGUAUUAGUCCAAACAUCUUCUCUACACAAGGAAACUUGAGCCCAGCAAAAAAACAAAAUACUGAUAUUAAACAGAGUAAUAGAGCCGAAAGAAAAAGCAAUUCAAUAAAUCAGAAAAUUCCUCCAAGUGCUUAUCAUAUUAAUUAG